CUCGUUCAGUAUCAUACAAGAUGCGAAGGUACUGCUGACCUGUCUGACAGUACUUACUACUUACUAUCAGCCGUCGCUUGUGAAAGUUAAAAUAACUUAUGGACACGUGCUGAUUUUUUGUUUGUUUUUAAUUGACUGAUUAUUCAAUAUUUACUAGUGAAUAUAUCGGUAAUAAAACAAUGAUUUACAGGACAAGUUUAGUGCAAAUGGUAAUUGUUGUUAUCGGAUAUUUUCUAAUUUGCAUGUCAGAUGGAUUAGAGCAAAAAUCAAGGAUCAAAAGACCGAGAGCACCACCAUCUGAACCUGAAAAUGACGUAGAAAGCGACUUUGAAGAAAGAAAUAAUGAGUUGAACGACAACUUUCUACCUCCCGGAUUCCUUAGUCCUUCAGUUUUAGAAUAUUUCGAAUUGGGAAAGUCGAUACCUGGUCGCCCAGGUACAGAUUACCCAGUCUUAGGUAUGGUACCCUAUACGAAUUUCUAUUGUGAUGAGCAAGAUUAUCCAGGUUUUUACGCUGAUCAAGAAACGAGAUGCCAAAGUUGGCAUUAUUGCGAUAUAGAUGGCAGACAGACUACCUUUCUAUGUCCGAAUGGAACCCAGUUCAGUCAACUGGUACUAGUUUGCGAUUGGUGGUUUAAUGUACGUUGUGAUCUGAGCAAAAAGUUAUACAUAAUCAACAGUCGACUCUAUGGCAGGCCCAAGAUGGACCCAACAAAACCCCACCGCAGCAUCACAAAACAACUAUUAGAAGAUAUUUUUAAUGACGAAGAUGAAAGAUAAACACCAUGACGAUUGAAGAAAGAUUUUUAUUUAACUCUUUAGUUAUAAACAAAAUAAUAUUGUCGUUUUGUUAUCACCUUUCUUGUUCUUGAAACCAAAUUUACAUGGUGACUUUAUUAAUAUUUACGUAAAGAGUUUUUGUUAAUAUUAGCAUGUAAAAGGCCAAACAGGGUAAACAUCCCGAACAGAUACAACUACACUUUUGUUUGUUUUGUUAGCAAUAAACCAGUUUCGAUAUGUAUAUUUAUGUUGAAAUGCGAUUUCCAUGUUAUGACUCUUAGUUUCAGACUUUGUUUAUGCUCAUAAUAAAAAUGCAAAAUAAAUAAAAGUAUUAAAUCCC